AUGUCAUAUAUUUUUUUAUUUUAUAUAUUAUUUGGAGUGAUUACAUCUCCAUCAAGUGUAUUUGGAUGGCUUGGAAGUAUUCGCGAAAUAGCAGGUGUUGCUGAUGAUGCAGCAGAUGUCUUUAGUGGAGAAGUACCGUUCAUGGCACUUUUAAUUGGUAGUGAAGAUUUUAAAUUAGAUGAGGUGUUAGAUAAGAUUGAUGAUAUUUCAAAUCAAAUCACUGAAUUGACUUCAACAGUUAAUACAAAAAUGGAUAAAGUUUUAACAGUACUGUUGAAUAGGAUUCCAUUGCAAGGUCAACUUGACAAUGCAUUAGAUAAAUUUCACAAUCUUAUUGUACGUGUUGAUGGGUUGUAUGCGUCAUAUAGAAGAUAUUCUAAAAAACUUAAAAAAUAUAAUCAGGAAACUAUUGAUGACUUUAUCAGCUCAAUAAUUUCCCAUAAAACUGGUGAUUUACAAAACGUACUCAAUAGAAUGCAUCGUCUUUUUAUACCUUCGAGAUCCGGAUAUUUUCAAAAAGGUCUACUUAGGACUCUUGCAAGUUUUCGCGAUACUAGCGAAGGUUCUGAACUAUGUAACUUGAAUUAUUCAUUUCAACAACAUUUAUUUGAAAUUUACAAAACUGUUGUCGUGACUGAAAUAAGAGGUUUUGUAAUGACUGUUUUUGCAUACAUGAUUCUUACUGCAAGAAAAAGUGUACCAUACACUGGUGAAUUAGAAGGCGCAGUAUUACAACUCGUAUUCAGAUCUCAAGAUUAUAUGAAAGAAUUGCAAUCGGUAAUGAAAAAUGCUUCAAGAGAAAUUUUAUUUUGUGGUGCAGAAAAGCACAUUCGAGAUAAAACUUAUAGCGAGUUUACAGGUUUGUUCUCAUACAUAGUAGUGAAUGAAAUGCAAGGAAAUCCAAGUAGGGGAUGUGGUGGUGAUUGUCCAAGCAUUUGGUCGGAUAGAGUAUGGGGUGAAUACGAGGAUUAUGAUUAUUUUCCACGAAUUGGUUGUAUUGGAAGGAUGUAUAAAUGUGGGUGGAUUGGUGGCGACGUAACAAUUUGUAAUCAACCGGAUAAUUCUCCAAAGCGUUAUGAAUGGAUCGAUUCAUCUAAUAAAAUGUAUGGGCAUCAGACAAAUUGUCCAUCGGAAAGGGAAAAAUUUUUAUCUAGUGUAAUAUAUUGGAAUAAUUGUCAAGUGUGUAUUUGCCACUGUGUACAAGAACACGCUACAACGGUAGCUAUACGGACCUUUAGUUUAAGACCUCAGUUAUCCGACAUUGGAAAAAAUAUGGUGGUUACAGGAGUAAAAUUUACUGCGAAGGAUAAAAUGAUACAUAUUCAAAUACAGCAAGGCGUAUUGCAAAAAAAUGGUGGAAUAGAUCAAGCAAGUGAAGAGUGGAUACCAUUGGAGAACUUUGUUUAUUUGAGUAAUGUUACUGACGGUGGAUUUUUGUUGAAAAAUGGAGAUGAUUAUGAAACGUUAACACGAGGAACAGACUUUACAUUUAUUUCUACUGAACAGAAAACUGUAAAUCUUGAUGAUAUAACGGUGCCUUAUGAGUAUGUAAUCACUGGUGUUAGACUUAGUCAUCAAGUUGAUGGCCAACCAGUCGGUCAUGUUCAAUUAAAAGUUCGCGCUACGAAAUUUAAUUAUUCCAGCGGAGUACUAGAUCAAGCACCUGAAUCAACUAAAUGGUUUUCAGCCGAAGAUAUGUUAAAUCCACCAGCUCGUUAUUUGCGAGAGAGGGAGGGGUAUCAGUACUCUGGUGAAGCAGAUGAUCCUACGAAAUCACCGGAAAAUUUACCGGACUCAAAAGUUAACCAGUAUAUUGACUUCGGCUCGUCCAGCCUGUUUGAGAAUGUGGGAAAUUAUACGAUUCCUCUGUUUGACUUACGGCCAGUUACGGCUUCACCAAGCAUUGCUUUGGGCGGAAUUGGUAUUUACCAUAAAAGUUCGCCAGGUUAUGGCGGAUUCCUUGGAUUGAAACUUUUAAAUACUGAUCUAUCUGAACAUGUUGAUCCGACAUUGUCUGAUCAACAAAUAAAGAAUUAUAAGGAACGAAUAAAUAGCGAUAUGGAUGAAGAUGAUGAUGAUAACGAUGAAGAUGACGACGAUGAUGAUGGUGAUGAAUAAGAAAUAAAAAAUGAGAAAGAUCAAUAUUAAAAAUUAUGACAUUACUGUUGGCUACAAAGAUUUUUCAACCCCAUCGUACUUUUUGUCACCUUAAUUAACGGAGCUAAUCUGUGU